AUGGGCAUGGUUGCAAAGUCCACGUUCUACCGUAUUCAAGCUGAAUACUGUCAUGAUGUCAUUGAGAGCUUCUGGGAAGAGAAACGGUCAGCGGUUAUAGCUGAGGUCCAUGACAGAAGUGUUGUUGCUCUAGGCGAUGGAAGAAUGGACAGCCCAGGAUUUUCAGCCCAGUACUGUACUUACACCUUGAUGGACAAUGAGACGAAGAAAAUUAUGUCCAUCAAAACUGAAGAUAAAAGACUAUGUGGUAGGAUUUCUACUAUAAUGGAGAGAGAGGCUUUCAUCAAGAGCUUCAAUCAGCUGAAGGGAGAGGUAAACCUUACAGAAGUCUGUACCGAUGCCCAUACACAGAUUUCUGCUCUUUUCCGAAAUGGCAUAUUCAAAGACAGUGGUGUGGAACACACAUACGAUAUGUGGCACGGAGCAAAAAACUUGGGCAAAAAGAUACAUGCAGCUGGCCAGCAAAAGGGAUGUUCCAUAUUACUACAGUGGAACAAAGAUAUUUGCAAUCAUUUCUGGUUCUGCUGCAAUAAAGCAAACACGUAUGAGGAGUUUUUUCGGCAUAAUGGGUGCCAAGUCAGCAAUGCCAUCCAUUGA